CGGGGAGCGGCGGCGUCGGCGUCGGGCCGGGCGGCAUGGCGGCCGGGGAGCCCCGGGUGUGCGAGACGUCCGGCUGCAGCAGCGAGGCCAAGCUGCAGUGCCCCACCUGCCUCAAGCUGGGCAUCCAGGACUCCUACUUCUGCUCCCAGGCCCGGUGCUCUAACCGUCAACGCCACGCCGCUUCUCUAGAGAACUUUCCGGGUCUCAGCCGUACGGAGUGCUUCAAGGGAAGCUGGGCCACCCACAAGCUGCUCCACAAGAAAGCGAAAGAUGAGAAGGCCAGGCGGGAAGUCUCCUCUUGGACGGCGGAAGGCGAAAUCGACACCGAUCCGUGGGCGGGCUACCGGUACACGGGUAAACUGAGGCCGCACUAUCCCCUGAUGCCGACGAGGCCGGUGCCAAGUUACAUCCAGAGACCGGAUUACGCCGACCACCCUCUGGGGAUGUCCGAAUCCGAGCAGGCCCUCAAAGGCACUUCUCAGAUCAAAGUCCUGUCGCCCGAAGACGUCGAAGGAAUGAGACUCGUGUGCCGGCUUGCUCGCGAGGUCUUGGAUGUGGCCGCCCUGAUGGUGAAGCCCGGCGUCACGACGGAAGAGAUAGACCACGCCGUCCACUUGGCUUGCGUCGCCAGGAAUUGCUACCCCUCGCCGCUGAAUUACUACAAUUUCCCCAAAUCGUGCUGCACCUCCGUGAACGAAGUGAUCUGCCACGGAAUUCCCGACCGGAGGCCCUUGCAGGACGGGGAUAUCGUCAACGUGGACAUCACCGUUUACCGCGACGGCUACCACGGCGACCUGAACGAGACCUUCUACGUCGGGGACGUGGACGAGGGGGCCCGCAGGCUCGUCCAGACGACGUACGAGUGCCUCAUGCAGGCCAUCGACGCAGUGAAGCCCGGCGUCCGAUACCGGGAGCUGGGGAACGUCAUCCAGAGACACGCCCAGGCCAGCGGCUUCUCGGUGGUGCGCAGCUACUGCGGCCACGGCAUCCACAAGCUCUUCCACACGGCCCCCAACGUCCCCCACUACGCCAAAAACAAAGCGGUCGGCGUGAUGAAACCCGGUCACGUGUUUACGGUGGAACCCAUGAUCUGCGAGGGCGGGUGGCAGGACGAGACGUGGCCGGACGGCUGGACGGCGGUGACGAGGGACGGCCGACGGUCGGCUCAGUUCGAGCACACGCUGCUCGUCACGGACGCCGGCUGCGAAAUCCUGACCCGGCGGCCGGACGGCCAACGCCCGCACUUCGUGACCCAGUUUUAGGGGCUCCGCCGGGGGCCGCCCGCCGGCCCCAGGGGGGAGGAGGAGGAGGGCGCGCCCGCGCCAGGGAAGGGGCUCUCAACCCGGGGCUCGUUCUCGUCCGCCGAAGCCGUCCGGGCGGCUCUUCUCGGGCCGGGGCCGCGGAAGCCCGCGAGUAAAAGAGAGUCGCCUUCUCCCGGC